GACCUCCCUCCUCGUCUUCCCUUCCGGCCUUCCCUCCCCCUCGCGCCUAUAGAUCUCUCUCCUCCGUUACACCUCACAGCCAAGCUCACGGAGUCGCAGUGCCACCGAGGCUUCCAAGAACCACCCCCGCCUGCCUGCGGAGCUCGGCCGUCCCCUGCGCUGCGGAGCGGGAGCGGGAGCGGCGGCGACAAUGUCCUCCAACGGCAAGCCCACCCCACAGCCCGCGGCGGCCAGCGCCGGCGCCGGUGGCCCGCCGAAGAUGUACCAACGACCCAUCUACCGGCCGCAGCAGGCGCCCGCGAAGCGCCGGCGCGGGGGGCGGUCGUGCCCGUUCAGCUGCUGCUGCUGCUUCUGCUGGACGCUCCUCGUCGUCGUCCUCCUCGCCGUCCUGGCCGCCGUGGCCGGGGGCGCCUUCUACCUGCUGUACCGGCCGCACCGGCCGGCCUUCACGCUGACCGCGGCGCGCGUGACGAGGCUGAGCCUGUCGUCGUCCGCCACCGCGCCCGCGCUGAGCGACGCCAUCGACGUGACGCUGACCGCCAGGAACCCCAACAAGAAGCUGGUGUACGUCUACGACGACUUCGCCGUGACGGCCGCCACGGCCGCCAACGCCGUGCCGCUGGGCGCGGCCACCGCGCCCGGGUUCGCGCACGAGGCCGGCAACGUCACCGUCAUCCGGGCCACCGUCUCCGCGUCCGCGCUCGCGGUCGACCCCGCCGCGGCCGGCUCCGACGUCAAGAGGUCCGGCGAGUUCCCCAUCGUCCUGGACCUGGAGACCAGGGCCGGCGUCCGGGUUGGCGCGCUCAGGACCAAGAAGAUCGGCAUCCUGGUGCACUGCGACGGCGUCAAGGUGGCCGCGCCCGCGCCCGCGCCGGCCAAGAAGACGAAGAAGCUGGCGAAGGCCGCGGCCGACACCCCAGCCCCCGCCGCCGCGGCCGUCGACGACGCGCCGGCGCCGCCCGCCGCGUCGGCCACGGCCACCGUCGCUCGCGCGUGCCAGGUCAGGGUCCGCGUCAAGAUCUGGAAGUGGACCUUCUAGCCACGUCGUCGUCGCCAGCCUCCGAGGGGCCGCAUUGCAAAAUUUUUCGGGUGAAAGGGAAAAAGGUUGCUUUGCUUUGCUUUGCUUUGCAACACCGGGUGAAGUUUCUCCAGUCAGUCCAGUAGGAGGGAAAGCAAGGGAAACAGAAUUCGAAUCAAAUGCCGGCCGCUGUAAAUUUUUUUCCGUGUUUAAUUGAAUUUUACCAAAUUCGGCGGGGAGGGAAGGAGAAGGAGAGGUCGGAGGAGCGGCAAGGCAGGAAGUGACGUGCCGUGUGCAUUCUGUUCUGCAGUGUGAGGCUUGAACGAUUUGUUUUCUCUCUCUCUCUUUCUCUUU